AAUAAUUAAAUCAUAUUCAAAUUUUAUCAAAUGAAUAGCUCGCGAACAUUGUUGUAUCAUCUAGAACCUCCUAUAAAUACAGAUCCUCCCCCACCAGCCCCAUUCAACGCAUCAAUCCCAGAAUCCUCUGUUGUUUAGAGCUCUCUGUUCCCUCGUCAAAUGGCGCUUCGGAAAACGCUCACGAGCUGUCCGUUGAGCGGUUACAGAUCAGUUACCCCGCCGCUGAUCACGGCUGGAAACUCUCCGAUCUCACUCCACAACAUACCCCGGCGAGAGUACGCGACCUCGCCCGAUUCCGGCGAGAGAGAAUUCUUUCGACGGUUCUUCCACCGGAGGGCUUCCGAACAGACGUAUCCGAGAUUCUCGGAGAUUUUCUCCGUGCCUGUCGGGGAAAAACUGAGAGAAAAGCUCCGAGGCAUUAACGUUUCCGGAGAUCGCCUUCGGUUGGGAGGAAUUACUCCACCUCCGCCGACGGAUUUCACGACCGGCGAAUCUUUGGCUAAGAUUUCGGUUGAAGAUGCGAGGAAGCUGUUGAUGGUUUCUCAAUUCGAGAAGCUUAAAGCAAAGAUAAGAGAGAUUCCAAAGAGUUCGAUUUCUUAUUACGAGUUUGCUCAAGUCUGCCUUGAAGGAUGUGGAAAUGAAGCUCAAGCUUUAGAUUUCGCCAAAAUGCUGGAUCAGUCAGGAAACGUCAUCGUUUUAGGGAACGUCGUUUUCCUUCGCCCGGAACAGAUGGCUAAAUCAAUGGAGACCAUAAUUUCUGAAUCGAUGGCACUCCCAAAUGACCCAAGAAGAAGAGAGCUGGAAGAAAUGGAGGAACAAAAGGCUCGAAUAGACAAAAAGGCCAAGGCUCUGGUUCGUGGUGAGCUUUAUUGUGGGCUGGGGUUCCUUGUGGUCCAAACACUCGGAUUCAUGAGGCUUACGUUUUGGGAACUGAGUUGGGAUGUGAUGGAGCCCAUAUGCUUCUUUGUCACCUCCCUUCACUUCGCCUUGGCCUACGGGUUUUUCCUCAGGACCUCCAUAGAACCCUCCUUUGAAGGCUACUUUCAACGCCGUUUCAAAGCUAAACAAAAGAAACUCAUGAAGUCCCACAGCUUUGAUAUGGAAAAAUAUAGUAAACUCCGCCAGGCAUUUUAUCCCAAUGGCUUGCCGAACUUGGAUCGUUUCUCCACCUUCAAGCAUGAAGAGGAGGCGUUCCUUUAACGCCCAUGCAAAGCAACUAGUGGAGUUUUUCUAGUACUAAUAAAAUUAUACAACACGGAAGAAAAUUUUGAUUACAUAAUAAUGUGGAUUGCCGGGGGCUUUGAUAUUUGAAUGAGAAUUUCCUUUCAAGUAUCGAAUGACCAGACCAGUUAUUUUCAAACGUUAUGGAAUGCAAGAAGCAAGAUCCACAUGCAUGGUAGUUUAAAGUUUUAACAUUACUUUAGUUGUACAGCAAAGAACGAUCUAUUUAAUAGAAGCCUUAAGUUGUUGUGUAUAUAUAUAUAUAGAGUGAGAUGAGCUAACUGGCUUUCUAUGAGGCCCAUGUGUAGGUGGGGUUGAAGACCUGAAAUUCCAGUUUUUUAGGCCAGGCAUUGGGUUAGGUCCUUCUCAAAUGAUCCUGUAAACUGGUCCACUCUUUUCUUGUGAAAAGGGAGGUUGUGAAAAAUUACUAAAAUUUCUACGA